UCUUCAUGUAUCGACCAUCUUUGGUCGUUACCUUCACUAAGAAGUCAUCUGUUAAAAUGGCUAAACUAACGUCUUUAUUUGUAAUCUUAUUGUCUUUUUUUGUAUUAGUGAAGCUGUUUUCGAAGAUCAAGUUGGAAAAUUUGAUUGGCGACAGCAGUAUGUGGGGAAGACGCUCUUUGCCCACUUUGAGUCGAAUACACAGUCAUCUAAAAAGAUGUUUGUCGCCACCGACAAGAAUAUCUUUGCCUCUUUCAACUCCAGGACUGGAGAUCUCCUUUGGAGACAUGUGGACAAGACCGGACCAGAGGGAAGCAUAGACAUACUUCUGCUGCAUGGGCAAGAUGCUCUGAUGGUGGUUGGAGAUGGUCGUUUGCUCCGUUCCUGGGACACAAACAUUGGCGGGCUGAACUGGGAGGCCGUGCUGGAUACUGGCAGCUUCCAGGCUGCGUGUUUUGUGGCCAUACAGGACACCGUAAAGCUUGUGGCAGUGCUAAAGAAAGCUGCCAUCUCUCUCCACUACUUAUCCAAUGGACACCAGAAAUGGGUGGAGAAUCUGCCUGACAGUGAUGCAGUCCAGUACCAGGCAGUGUACUCUGGGGGAGAAGAGGAGGUCUAUGUGUUGGGGGUGGUUCCUAACUCUCACCUCACUAUCAUAGCCUACAGCCUAGAGGAUGGAGAGAUCAUCAAGCAGAGAUCAGUCGAAGCCUCAUGGCUGUCCAGUAUUGAGUCCAGCUGUGUGGUGGUCGGUCAGGGGUGCUGAUGUGUGUGGAUCCCGCCACUCUCGCCCUCUACACCCUCCCGAUACAGGCUGAGGAGACUCCAGAGUUCAGCCAGAUCCUACUACAGUCUCUGGAUCUGGAGGUGUUCCCAGGCUUCCAGCCCGUCCUGGUGUCCAGCCAGCCCCACCCGCCCGCUCCCCCCU